AUGCAAGGGAAAUCACCUGCUUGGAGAACCGAGAUAUCCGUACAUACACACACGUACACCGCCACUUGCCGUCUAUUCCCCGCCCGGCCCUCACGCACGGCUGUGGGCGGGGCUCAGGCGCGGGCCCCGCCCCCGGCUGUUGGGCGCGCGCCACCCUCACCUCAGCGCACCCCGCCGGCCGCCCCCGCGCGCGCCGCCCCCGCCCUUCCCUAUUGGUUUCCCCGGAGCCGCGCCGGGCGCCCAUUGGCGCGCACCGAGCAGGGCGCGGCCCGGGGCGGGGCACCUGAACAAAGCGUGAUCGGGCGCCGCCGCGCGCCGACCUUUCCCCCAGUUCCCCCGCGCGGCGCCCCCGCCUCCGGCGCGCGGCGGCGGCCGGCUGUGAGGGCGGGCGGGGGAAGGAGCCCGGGCGGGAGGAGCCGUCACCGCGGGCGGGGGCCGGGCUGGGGUCAGCGCCGCCACACCCGACGCCUCCCGCCGCGGGGCAAGGGAAGCGAAGCGGCGACCCUGCGGGAAGCGGAUUACGGGGGCGACGGCCGGCUCUUCCCGCGGCGCCGCUCCGCUUCCCUGCCGCCGCGCCGCCCACCCCGCGUGGCGCCGGGAUCCCCCCGGCUUUCUCCUCCUCCCUCACCGCUGCCGCUCGGUACAUGCGGCCGCCGAGGCCAGCGCCCGCACCCGGUCGGGAACGCGGGCAAAAGAGGCUGCACGGCGCCGGACCGGCGCUGCCAACAGGUUCUCGGCGGUUUCUGUCCCUCCCGCGGCUUCCCUCGCCGGCUUGCCCCGCGGAGGGCUCUCCGCGCGGGCGGCUCUCCUACAGCCCACCCCAGCAGCUCCAGUCCCUCACCGCGACUCAGCCACUCCAGCCGCUGCCCCAGCCCGACCUCCUGCCCGUGGUCCCUCCUAUCGAGGGUCGCCGCCGCACGUGCCCCGGCGAUCCCCGUGCCGCACCACCCCCGGGGACUCCCGUCCCAGCCGCCCGGACCCCCGGGAUGCCCGGUUCGCUCACCGGAGGAGCCGAGCCCGCCCCGAGGUGCCGCCGCCGCUCUCCCGGUUUUCCUCUUUUUGUUCGCCGCUCCCCACUCGGGCGGCGGCGCCCCCGGGCCCGCGCGCGGGGGGGUGGGCGGGGCCCCCGGCCGCCCGCCGGCCAAUCGCCGGCAAAGGUGUGUGGGGCGGCGACCAAUGGGCGCCGGGCUGCCGCGCGUGAUCGGCGGCCGCGCGGCGGCGUGGCCGGAGUGUCAGCGCGGCGUGUCCCCCGCCGGCGGCUGA